AUGAACCCACAUGACAUCAUCUAUUACAACAAAGCUGGUCGCAUUCGCAUUGAACAUGCUCAUGGUCAAGAUAUUCCCCAUCAUAUUGAUGAGACUUCACUACUCGACCCCCAGAGGUCAUUGGUCACCCUCGGAUGUGGAAUAUCGCUACAUACAUUACUUAACAAGAAUGCCUGUGACAAACCAGAUGACAACACCAUUCGCUUCAUCUCCCUCAACAUUCUGAAGUCUGUUCUACUACAACUAGUAUAUCAGAUUAUCGUCAUUGGGGAUGUCACCAACAUCUUCCAUAGAGACCUCCACGAGCACAAUGUUGUGAUCAACUUCGCGGUAGUCAAUAAGUUCAUUUCACUGGAUGUGUCUGGCAUCGCCCAUUCGUACAUUAUUCGUGAUACAUUAGAGGCAACAAUCAUUGAUUGGGAGCUCACUGAAAACAACCCAGCACACCCACGCUGA